CGCCGGAGCAGACAACAACACUGACACAUCCAGACCGCACUAGUGUUCGCUCAGCGAUGGGUGUAGUCUGAGACACCGACACAGCAGCGCCCCGCAGUUUACCUCCACGUUUCCUCCCCAUGAAGGAGCUCCGUCCUGGCUGAGUUUGGGAGAUGGGAGUCCUCAACAUCACAGACCAGCCUCCUCUGGUCCAGGCCAUCUUCAAUCGUAAUGCUGAAGAAGUUAAACUGUUAUUGCACAAAACGGAGGAUGUCAAUGCACUGGACCAAGAGCGACGUACGCCACUUCAUGCUGCUGCUUGUGUGGGUGAUGUCCAUAUAAUAGACCUCCUCAUUGAAUCAGGUGCCAACGUAAAUGCUAAAGAUCACCUAUGGUUGACCCCAUUGCACAGGGCCGCUGCAUCAAGGAAUGAAAGGGCAGUGAGCCUGCUCCUGAGACGGGGAGCUGAAGCAAGUGCACGAGACAAGUUCUGGCAGACGCCGUUGCAUGUGGCGUCUGCCAACCGCGCCACACGCUGCGCAGAGGCCCUGCUGUCCCAGCUGAGCAACCUGAACAUGGCAGAUCGCACUGGUCGGACUGCCUUGCACCAUGCAGCUCAAAGUGGAUUCCAGGAGAUGGUGAAGCUGCUGCUGAACAAAGGGGCCAACCUGAGUGCCAUUGACAAGAAGGAAAGACAGCCUAUCCAUUGUGCUGCUUAUUUGGGAACUGGUUCCCGUGGUCAUGAUAGACAUCUUGAGGUUGUAAAGUUGCUGGUGUCCCGCAGUGCUGACAAGAGCUGCAAGGAUAAGCUGGGUUACACACCUCUCCAUGCUGCUGCUGCAAGCGGUCACCUUGAAAUUGUAAAGUACCUACUGAGGAUGGGGACAGAGAUUGAUGAGCCUAAUGGUUUUGGAAACACUGCGCUCCAUGUGGCGUGCUACAUGGGACAGGAGGCUGUGGCCACGGAGCUGGUGAACCACGGAGCUAAUGUUAACCAGCCAAACAAGUGCGGCUACACCCCUCUGCACCUGGCGGCCGUCUCCACCAACGGUGCCCUGUGUCUGGAGUUGCUGGUCAACAAUGGGGCAGAUGUCAACCAGCAGAGCAAAGAAGGGAAGAGCCCCCUGCAUAUGGCUGCCAUUCACGGGCGCUUUACACGCUCUCAGAUCCUCAUCCAAAACGGUGGGGAUAUUGAUUGUGUGGAUAAGUAUGGCAAUACUCCUCUCCACGUUGCUGCUAAGUAUGGCCAUGAACUGCUGAUCAGCACUUUGAUGACCAACGGAGCAGACACGGCCAGACGUGGGAUCCAUGGAAUGUUCCCCUUGCACUUAGCUGUGCUGUACGGGUUUUCAGACUGUUGUCGCAAGUUACUCUCCUCAGGUCAGCUGUAUAGUAUAGUUUCAUCCAUGAGCAAAGAGCACGUACUAUCGGCUGGGUUUGACAUAAACACCCCUGACAACUUUGGGAGGACCUGUCUACACGCUGCUGCCUCUGGAGGAAAUGUUGAAUGUCUGAACUUGCUCUUAAGUAGUGGUGCUGACUUGAAUAAGAGGGACAUAAUGGGAAGGACCCCGUUGCACUAUGCGGCUGCUAAUGGGAGGUACCAGUGCACUGUGACCCUGGUUAGCGCUGGCGCUGAGGUCAAUGAGUCUGACCAGACAGGCUGCACUCCCCUGCACUACUCUGCUGCCUCACAAGCCUUCAGCAGAGUUGAUCGCCAUUUUUCUGGAAACCAUCAGAAUGAAGAAGAUGAGGCAAAAGACUCAUACUUCUGCUUGGAGCAUCUGUUGGAUAAUGGUGCUGAUCCAUCAAUGGUCAACUCUAAAGGCUACAGUGCUGUUCACUAUGCAGCUUACCAUGGCAACAAGCAGAACCUGGAGCUGCUGCUGGAGAUGUCCUUUAAUGCGUUAGGAGACAUUGAGAGUAGUAUUCCAGUCAGUCCCCUGCAUCUUGCUGCUGAUAACGGCCACUGGCAGGCUCUGCGACUGCUCACGGAGACUGCAGCCUACGUGGACAUGCAGGAUGCCGCGGGUCGUUCUGUGCUGUACCUGGCAGCCCAGAAAGGCUACGCCCGCUGUGUGGAGGUGCUUCUGGCUCAGGGGGCCUCCUGUCUCCUCAACGACAACUGUCUCAUCUGGACUCCCAUUCAUGUUGCAGCUGCCAAUGGUCACUCUGACUGCCUGCGCAUGAUGAUUGAUUAUGGAGAAGAGGGGGAUCUCAUCAAUGGAGCAGACAAAUUUGGCCAAACCCCUUUAAUGCUCGCUGUCCUCGGAGGUCACACCGACUGUGUGCACUUCCUGCUGGAGAAGGGAGCCUUUCCAGAUGCGAAGGACAAGAGAGGCAGCACUGCUUUGCACAGAGGGGCGGUAUUGGGCCAUGACGACUGUGUGACAGCCUUGCUGGAACACAAAGCUUCUCCGUUAUGUCGGGACAUCCAGGGUAGGACACCGCUGCACUAUGCUGCCUCCAGAGGCCACACAGAAAUACUGGCCAGUCUGACGCAGGCCGCCAUGGCAACAGACCCACAAGAUAAAUUGCUGGACAACAAACAAUACACCCCAUUACACUGGGCUGCUUAUAAAGGGCAUGAAGACUGUUUGGAGGUUUUACUUGAAUUUAAAACAUUUAUCCAUGAAGAGGGAAAUCCUUUCACCCCCCUGCACUGUGCUCUGAUGAGCGGCCACAGUGGUGCUGCAGAGAAGCUGCUGGAAUCUGCCAGGGUCCACGUGAUUAACACCAGAGACGCCAAAGGAAGGACCCCACUGCAUGCUGCUGCCUUCGCUGAAGAUGUUGCAGGACUUCAGCUGGUGCUUCGCCAUGGGGCAGAGAUCAACGCAGUGGACAAAAGUGGACGCUCUGCCCUGAUGGUGGCUGCUGACAAAGGACACAGCGGCACUGUGGCUAUCCUCCUGCACCGGGCCAAAGCCGACCUAACGCUGCUUGAUGAGAACAGAAACACUGCCCUGCACUUGGCCUGCAGCAAGGCCCAUGAGAUGUGCGCUUUGCUGAUUCUGGGCGAGAUCCACAGUCCCACUCUUAUAAAUGCCACCAACAGUGCUCUGCAGAUGCCCCUUCAUCUUGCUGCACGCAAUGGCCUGGCAACGGUGGUGCAGGCACUACUAAGUAGAGGAGCCACGGUGCUGGCUGUGGAUGAAGAAGGUCACACCCCAGCUCUGGCCUGUGCUCCCAACAAGGAUGUGGCUGACUGCCUGGCUCUGAUCCUAUCUACCAUGAAGCCUUUCCCCCAGCGGGACCCUUCCUCCUGCUCCUGCUCCUCUCCCACAGUGUCCUCCUCACCAGGUCUCAACUUGCUGAAGCACUGCGGCAUCACCGCUGCCUGCUCCCCCCUGCCCAGCAACGGCCUCCACAACGGCUACGUCAAAGAUCUCCACGGUGCACCGGUCGGCCUGGAUGGGUGUCUGUCUGAGUGAGGUCUCGGCCCCUCUCAGCCAGCCGUUAUUGCCAUCAUCACCACCAGGGGGUGACUACUUUUCACAUGGUCGAGCUGACCAGGACAGCACCCACCCACUUUGUCUGUUUCCUCUGUGUGUACGUGUUUGUGCGUCUGUGCGUGCGUGUGAGUGUUCGGUCUUCUCUGGAGGUGCAGUCAAACCUAAUAUGCAAUUAGAUCCCAUUCCUCCAUCUCCUAGUAGUGCUUAAAACAUAGAGGCCGAUUGCUCUACAGGGUCACUUAGAUGAGGCAUUCGAAACAAACACUAGCAAUCUGGCCAUCUUUCAAUCAUUUAACCCUUUAAAACCAUGCUCACGUAGUCAUAUAACAACAUUCAAUAGCAUGAAAGUGUCUGUCAACUGUGUUUCUCUUCAUAUCAUUUAGUAGAAAAGUCAUAUCAUGUUCAAGUCCGUUGUGGUGACCUUGUAGAGUAACAUACAGCCUUCCCAAAAGAAUGAUCAAAGAGUUACCUAGGUUGUUUUUUUUUUUGUUUUUUUUUUGUUUUUUUUCCUCUCCUCUUUUAGGAUCUUGUCAUAUUUUUUUUUUUCUUAAACUGUCUUGUUAGCCUAGACUUUUAUGAAGGAACCACACAAGGGAAAGCUAAAUUUUUGCUCAAGUGUGCAAUGCUUUUUGUACUACAGUACAAUCUGACAUUUGGAAAAGGGUCACAAAAGUGUUAAUUUCAUAGUGUACUUUAAAUGUACGGCCUCUACAAUUGUUUGGCAUUUUGCGAUAAUUUGGUAAUGCUGCUGAAUUAUUUUGCAUGUCUCCUUCCAAAGGAGAGCAAUGUUGAGCUCAGCAUUGUAACAUCCCUGUUCUUAAUGCUGACCUCGUUUUUUUUUUUUUUUUUUUUUUUUUUUUUUUUUUCUUCUUCGAAGAUGCUUAAUAAGUCUUUGUUAAGCUAGAAUGUUUCUAAGCAUAUAAGUUAUGACCAAAGUUGAUCAACACUACUAUGGCUAUAAAUUAUUUAUUUGAGAAGAACUGUACUGUGUAGAGAGAGACAAUAGAUCUUGAUAUACCUCGUCAACUUGUUUAGCAGCUGCUUCAUCUUCACCCAGGGUCCGUAGGCCUGAGGUUCUCUUCUCGCAGAACUAGAGAACUGCUGUAGGGUAGUGACUGACUGAGGCCUUGUUUAUUUCUAGAUGAAGGCUUUACUAGUAAUAUCUGCCAACAACACCUCAUCAAAGCAUCAUAUAUCUGAGCACAUAAAUGAACAAGCCAUUUCAAUUUAUUUCCCAUCUCCUUAACAGUGUUUUUGUAAAAGAUCUCAGAAUUAGAAUGGCCUGAUUAUUGAAAGAAAGCGAUCUGUUUGGUUUUAUAGGCACUAAUGGCAUUUUUGGUCUUUUUUGUUUUUGAUUGUUUUUGGAGUUGAACCGGCCAUCAGCGUUCUGGAUUAAGCUUCUCCCUAAAAGGAGUAUUUCUUGGAGCUGGUGAAUUUGUCUUAAAGAAAAAAGAAAAAAAAAGAUUAUAUUGCAGCUUCUCUGCAGUGAACUCUGAUCAGUUUGAACAGAUAGUGUUGUCUGCUUUUUUUAUCGGGCAGUUUUCAAGCAAUAUUUUCUGUUGGCCUUUUUGUUAAGCGUUGUUGAAUAGACAAUCACUGUCACAAGGGCUUUUGUUUCCCUGGAAUGUGUCUGACUUUUCUUUUUUUCCCAUUUUCAUUAUUUCACGAUGAAAGAUUUACCUAAAGACUGAUCGAAUGGCUCUUUGCAUGCCAGGCAUUUUACUAUCAGUGUCAACACGAAUGCACUGAAUUGCCUUUAUGGCAUCUCAUGAAAUGCCUUUUGACCCAUGCCUUCUAUAAAGCAUCAUUUCAGUUGGAUUGCUUAAUGGCAGAAUAUGGCGAGCCCUGAGACCAAUUACGUUGCCACCCUUUGAGAGCAACAAUAUUUAACCACAAUUGUACCACCUUAUCUGGUGUGGCACUGGGGGGGGGGGGGCAAAAACAAAACAAAAUAAAACGUUGUCUGGCUUACCUUUAUGCUCCAGCACGUUGAUGACCAAGCAAGUUGACAUUUCUAAAAGACUUAAAUAGGGCUAAGAGGACAGGUGGAGUGUUUUAUUUUAUUUUUAUUUUGCUUAGGCCGAUACCAGUUUAGAUUUCAGGAAUAGCAGAAAUCCAAAUAUGUGCUUUUUGGUGUUUAUUUAAUUGUCUCCUUAUCCCAUUUUCUGGUACUAAGCAUACUAAAGAUGAUUGUAUCGGACCACUAGAGCUGUUGUGACUUUGAAAUAUUAUAUCUAUGCUAUUUAAUUGUCUUUUUUCUUUUUUUAAAAACCAUGUUUUGGUGGUUACACUGAGUCAGAUUGUUUUCAUUGGCUUGAUAACUUCAUAUCCACUGGUAAUGAAGUGGCACAAUUGCACACAUUAGUUGACUGGAUGAGCGCUGAGGACCUAUACUAGGCUGUGUUGUUAAGUACUCCUUACAAAAAACUUCAUUUUCUUUGACUUUUUUUUUUUCUUUUUGUUUCUACAAACUUGCAUAAAUCUUUUUCAGAGCAGUUAUCUCCAUGAGUUAUUGUGAAUUUACACUUUGACCUCCUUAACUAACUAAAAUGAAGUUUAAUGAAUUGGUGACCCCAAGCCUUUGUUCCCUGGAUCUAACUUCAUUAGUAGUAUCGAUAGCGGGGACAAUGGGUACAUUUCUUUUUCUUUCUUUUUUUUGUAAUCUCAGGAUCUCUGCAGGUAGAAUUUAUUAAUUCAAUCAGAACUCCGCAGGAUGAAUAUAGCUACAGUUUUUUUGAUGGGAUGUUCUAUAAUUUAAUUCCUUUUUUAGCUCUGAUCCCACAGCACUUAAUUAGAUAGUCAAGCACGCACUUUAGUACAUUCAGGUUCAAAGUGUGCAAAAUAGAGCAGAUGUAAUGUAUGUACCUAUGUUUACAUACAUAUGUGUUGCAGCUGAAUACAGGAAGGUAGAGUUUCAAAUGGCUGCAACAAAAUUGUACUUCAAUGCAUUAUUUAAGAAAAAGUCUAAGCACUUGGGGACAGUGUUCACCACUCACUGGCUUGUUCGCAUUAUCCAUUUCUGGGUGGGGAGCCCGGCAAUGUGGUAACUGUUAAUAUAGAUUUGAUCUAGUUCACAAGUCCAGUAAUUCAACAUACAUCUCAGGCAGGCUCAGCAAAAUACUCUCCAUACUCUCCCUGCCAUCUGUAGAGCUGUAAGGCCAGCCUGUUUAGGCAGGGAUUUAUUUUUAUUUCAUUUUUUUUCUUCAAAUAUAUGUCCUUAUCUGUCCAGUCAUUGCCUCGCACAAUGAUACACAGUGUAACUGAUUCUUUUUGCUAUAUCACAGUAUUCUGUACAUGCUUUUUUGUGCAUGAGGCGAGGUCACAGUUGUGACGUAGCUACCAUUUAAAGAAAUGGAGCAUAUUCAAUACACCUGGGCUGAGAGACAGAAAGCAAUGAAAGGUCCAAUUGUAGCAAUAGUGCGUGCGUGUGUGUGUGUGUAAAAGUGUGCAGCACAAAAAUUGCACUGCCAUCCAUUUAGGCCAACCCAAUAAAUCAUAGCGUAAAUGCCAAUGGAAGAUUCAAAUGCGGGUUAGAUGUCAUAAACUUUGGUUACAAAUAAGGCCAGUUUGCCAAAAUGUGUUGGGAGAGGGAAGAAACAACUUACUAAAGCAGCAAAAGAUAUGCAUAUGUUCAAGCAGUUUACAGUCGGACCAUCAAAUCUGAGCCAUGAAUUUUCUGACUGAAAUGAAUGUAGGGUCAGUUUAUAGCAAGAAAACUCCCUUUCUGUCGACUUUAAACUGUUGCCCUUCAUUUGUCUUGCGUAGAUAUGAUUAUAUAGGUAGCAUGUAGUAAAUUAAUCUAUGCUUAUUAUAACGUAGAUGUAGUCGUCUUCCUGCAUUGAAGGUCUGGAUAUGUUUUAAGGUUUUCUUUUCUUUUUUUUUCCUUCAUACCUUUUUUUUUUUGUUGUUGUUGGCAUUAUUGUUGGUGUUUUAGGCCUGCUGUUGUGAAAUAUCACUUCUCCAUACAUGCAUACAGUUGUAAAGGGAAUUACUCGAAAUUCCACAAGAUAGACAAAGGACAAAAAGUUAAGAUGAAUUUCAGAUUCAUGUUCAUCCAUUCCAUUGUGAUUGCCUUACAGUGCAGAAAAAAAUAGGGACAUAAAGGUCUACAGUAGACGCGAUCACACAUACUCGUAAAUAGCCUAUAUUUGACCUAAGCUACACCCAUUUAGUGCCAUAGAAACCUUAAUUUGCCUUUAGACAAGAAUCAUAUUUACUCGGUCAGUAACAUAUUCAGACGUAGGCAGGAUUAUUACAGUUUUGUGUUUGGAGCAGCAUGUCUCUACGCCAACUUAAAAAGUCGGUAACAUACGUAAACGUUUGCAUGAAUUAAAUGACUUAAGUUACUUAAAUGGAAGUAUUUCAUUAAAUUCUAGUGUCUGUAGAAUUCUAUUUUUAAUUGGACAUUUUUGAAGCAUAUAGGUAGUCCCUUUGGUAUUGGCAACGCAAGCCGUAGGAUCUUAAUUUAACAAGGUGGUUUAUAAUGUAUGUAUUACAGAGGAGAAAAAGGUUUUUGAUGUCCAAAAAAAAAAAAAAAAAGCAUGUUGUAUACAAUAUAGAAUUGAUUUGCCUCCGUAGAUGUCUUGAUUCUUACUUGAAGUAAAUGGCAAAUUUCAAUUCAACUCUGAUCCACUGUUGAGCCUUUUGCCUUAAAAGCUGAAAUAUAAAAUGAUACCUGGCAGUACCUGAUAAGUUGCAUCACCUGUAGAGUUAUGCUACUUGGUUUGAUUGUGAGAAGAAAAAUUGGCUAUGCUUGGUCCUACAGACACCUCUGGGUGUCAAGAAGCACAUAGAUAAAUUGAGGUAGCACAUAGCUCAAGGUUGCCAUGGUGCAGAGAUUGUUCUGAGAGGUUGGAAUAUUGCCAUAUUUUCCACUGUGAAUGAAUGAAUUCAGAAUUCACUUGCAAACAAUCAACUAUGGCUUCUCUUAUUCAAAGCCGAAUGACACUGGGAAUUGAAGUGGUGUACCUCAAGAAUUUAUUCAGACAGGAAAGAUGCUUGUACAGCUAUGCCAACAAAGACUUUAAAUCUUGUGAUCCAUUUUGUGGGUAGUGUAAUUCUGCUUAAACCAGCCUAAAUCAGAUGUUCUACGCGGUGUGUUUCAUAAGUGUCAGCAGAUGUCUCGUGUUUCCUACCUUAUGAGGGGGCAGCCAGCUGCACCUUGUACCUUUUUAUUGGACCUGCAGUUUUACCUCAUCACUGAACUUUUGUGUGACGAUGCUGACAUUAAUCUUGAGUGAUUAGUUCUUGUGUUUCCUGAUGCCAGACGUGUGUGUGUUUGUGUGUGCGUGUAUUUUUUUAUAUAUAUACAUAUAUAUGAUGUGUAUAUAUAUAAAAAUUGUGUGUUACUCUCCUUUUACUGUGUGUGUGAGACCUUUCAACAUAUGCAUGUCGUACCUUAACAUGCAGAGGCCCGAUUUUGUAGAACUGUAGAGUAUAUUUACGCUGUUUAAAUAUGUUUCUCCAUCAAAACCAACAGACGAGUCUGUUAUAUGGUGCACAUCAUACAGAGUAAAGGGUACAGUGUAAUAGGAGGUGGGGAAAUGAAGGUAGCUAUGACACUUUACCUCUGUAAGUCAAAACAUUACAAUUUAACUGUAUGAUUCAUGAGAGUUUGAUCGCCUUCCCUGCCUAAAUAACUUUAUCUAUCCCCCCUGCACCAAUAGGACCUGUGUAAUAUCGAGCACAGCGGCAGCAUGGUGCCUUUUAUUUGUUACUACCGAAAGGUACGGUCUUCCAUUUGUAUGUCCCAGAAGCCUUAUUAUGGGAAAAGAAAUUACACUGAACUUAUGUGACUGCAGUAGAUGGAUUCAUACUCCUGAGCAUCAUCAUUUCAAUUCUGUGUGAUCUGAGUUAAGAGAAGAACUCCUUCUGUAUUGGUCUAAAAUCCACUCUAUAUUUCCAUUGACUGAGUGUUCCCUGAGGGUGGCAGAAGAAACUGCACAUUACUGAUGUGAAUAAUUUUAUUUUUUAUUUUUGUUGGGGGGCGGGGGGGGCACAUUUAACAAUAAAUGAAUGGUGAUCAAUAGUUUGAAAGCACAAAUCCAAAGAAGGCACCUCUGGGCUCAGUGGGCUUUUCUAAAAGUAAGAAGCAAAGGAGCCUAUUGACCAAAUUUAGGCUGCGAUAUGAGGGAAAACAUUACUCCUGACUACAGAAAAUAUGAGGCUUGAUUGUCAGAAACACAUGAACUGUAGAGAGACCAUUGUCUGGAAUUACAGAGCUCCUGAUUGUUCUUCACAACUCUUGGGUAUUCAUCUGCAAUUAGUAACUUCACAUUGCAAACCAAGUUGCAAAAUGGUGCGGUUCCUGCAUUCAACAUCAGAUUUAGGUGAACUGUUUGUUGUGACUGUGUUGCAAAUUGAUCGUGGAGAUUGUUUUGUGUUGUUUUUUUAGGGUAGACUGACUACAAAUAGGAUUGCAGUAGUAGCUGUGUGCAGUGUUAAUGGUGUGAUCAUAUUAUAGAAGUUAUGUAAUAUUUGUUGUCUUACUAUGACAUUAAGGCAUGAGUCAUCUUCUGUCAAGCUGACCUCGAUUUGAAAUAGAUAAAAGUGCAAUAACAUUUUGUUUAUCAUUGCUUCCUCAGUUAAAAAAUAAUUAAAAAAAGAAAUAUAUAUAUUUAAUAUGCCCUUUUUAACACCAAAAGUCACUCAUCUGUAGCAAAUGAAGGAUUUCAAGUGGUCCUCUUGUUUGUAUUCAGAGAGGUGGCCUUUAAUAGUGGAGUGUGUGAUAUUCCGGUCUGAAAACUGUGAUCAACAUCCAACUUUAAAAGCUGCCUGCUCGGAAACAGGACCAUGUACAAGUUGAUCAAUUGGAGUACGUGCAUAUUUUUUUUCUUCCUUCUUUUCACAAACUGACUUUAUUAUAGUUUGGACUUCCGGUUUCAAACUGGUAGACAUUUUCAUUUGCAUGUGUCGGUGUGUAUAUGCAACCUCUCUUCAUCCUUGAAUACGUUUCCUCAACAAAAAAAAAAAUAUUUAGACCUGCUGUCAGUGAUAAGAGGAUUAAAGGAAAAUUAUAAUGCCUUAUAUUGUUUUCAAUGUUGAGCAUUAAGGGUUCUUUUGUGUCCCUCCCUCUUCAGUGUGUAGCCUAAAGCUUGUACAGUUUCGAAACUGAUGAGAAUUAUAUCUACUGUAUAGCCUAUGUGUUUUCAGAAUUUGUUACUUGGAGGCCCUGUGAUUGUGGUUUUAGAGAAACAUUCCCCUUGAAAGUGCCGUUUGUUUUCACCAGCAGAAGAUGUGUCAUUGGGGGGGGAAAUUGAUUUACACUAAGGAAAUCAAAUGUUCAAAAUACUUUCCAGUGUGUAAUGAUGAACUGAAUGAUAUUAAGUGUUUUGUGCAGGUGAAAUAAGGCAGCAAUCUUCUGAUGGAGCACCUUAUUGACUCGCUCCUUCUGUGAGCCUGUCAUGGAAGUAGUCUGUCACCAAGCUUCAUUACUGUAAAUCAGAGCCAUAUCAAGAGAAUUUGCCCAUUAGAGCCCCUGUGAAUGUGCUAUUAGGAAUAGCGUGGUGUAGAAAAGGAUGUAUACUGCAUGUUCUGUGGGAUUUUAGUAGUGGUAGUCCCUUUUUCAUGUUUUUACGUUGGUCUGCUUCACUGAAGAUAUUGCCACCUCAUUGCAAGUCACAAGCUUUUAACAAUCCUCUCACAACUGGAGUUAAGCAGGCAUUGAUCUGCUGCUGAGGCAGCCUUAAUUCAUUGAAAAUAAAAUAAGAAAAAAAAACAGGGGGGGGGUCGCCUGUUUUUAGUUUUGAGUGGCUUAUCUGGGGAAAUACAAAGAAGCCCCUAUCAAGAGUGAAAGGACUCUGAAUCAGGGCAUGUGAUAAGUUACAAUCAAAUGGUUUCACAGUGCACCUUUUUAAAAGAAGAAAAAAAUAGGAAGAGGAUAAAAAGUUGGCUCGUCUACCAACAUUCCAAAGUUGAUUUAAUUUUCCACAGUCCUGUCCCUCUGAUCGAGGAAGCCUUUUUUUUUUUUUUUUUUUUUUUUUGCUUUGCUGUUGAGCGAAGUGGGCAUGCGUGUCAAUGACAGGGUUUCCUAUUUAGCCUAACGCUGAUUACCUCAUUUACAAAUCUGCAAAUGUACUAUUCUACUGUGUGUAAAGGAGUCAAUGCCAUCACCAGCAGCGUGGUCUCGAGACCUGUGAUGACAACAGGACCAAUGAAAUUACUCUGACAUUAGCCAAUUUUUUUCAAAAAUAUAACCAGUGUAGAGGCCUGAUGGACCUCUUCCAGAUUUCAGUUAACAAAUCACCACAGCUGCUAAUCCAGUCAGCAGUACGAGCCAUCGGGAUGCUGCAGAUCCAUUUUUCAAAAUCUCAAAUCGGUAUGCCAUCUUGUUUUACGAAAUAAAAGUGAAAAUAUAGAAUUAGAGGCUUUACAAACUGCUCAUAAAACAGUGACUGGAAUAGCAACUGGUGGCACUAGCAUGGUUCAGAACGACUGGUGUAUCACAAUUAUUUAAACGAUCAUGCUAACAUCAAUUGCUGUUGGGUUUUUUUGUUUUUUUUUUGUAGCAUUUCUCCUACCUCCUUGUUUUGCAGCCUUGAGUAUUGUCUCCAUCUGUUCUUUUUUUGAGUCUGUUCACAGUAUGGGAAUACAGAUUUAUCAUAAGCAACUGUAAUUAUACAUAAGGUGUGCUUGAUUGUGCUAUAUUUGUAUGUCUACUUGAUGUUUGGGGGGAAAAAAAAUAAAAAUUUGAGAAGCAUUUAUAUGACAAAAUACCACUGGAAUGUGAAGCCAGACAAUGCUUUGAUACAGAUUAUGAUGAUAGUCUCUCCCCUUUAACAUUCAGUGGUGAAUGGCCGGAGGAACCAUCUUUAGAAAUAUGAAUAACCACGCAUUGGCUUUUUAAUUUUUAUUCUUUGUUUACUUGUAUGCAUUUACCUCCCUGUAUACUAUACAAUAUACAACACGUACAGCUUCAUUUUGGGCUCACCACUGGUUGCCCUUCAGUUGUAAUAUCACAGGUUGUCACAAGGAAGAUGGAAAGGUGGAUGUGAGAUUCUGUCUGAGGGAGUUUUAGCCCCUCAAGCCGUAUGCCUUUGAAUCCAUCGGUCCACUCUGAACCAAUUUCUAGCUACAUAGGAGUCUAUUUUCACACUGCCCCGACAUUUUACAUUGGGUUUGACUACGAGGGGUGCAGGACAAGGUGAAAGGUUUGAGGUUUUCUGACCAGGCCCCCCCCACCCCACAACCAAAACCCUCACCCAGUCAUGCCAACUCCAGUACAGAACGAGCCCCAUCCACAGUCUCACCUAAACCUCAAGCCAUUCAUGUUUCUGUUUUGUUUUUUCAACAAUGCAAUCCUGAAAGCACUUUGCCUUGUUAUUCCUUUGUGUGAACAUGUGAAUGAUGAUUUGUUACAGAAAUGUUAAAUAUGUAAAAGAUCAUUCACUGUUUUGGAAAAACCUGCAUCUGUCUUUCUGACGUUAAAAGAAAAAAAAAAACAAUUUAGUGACAUUAAACCUGAAACUAUUUUAUAAAAUGUUUGCUGCAGCCAAUUGGUCUUGUCAUUCAGUAUUGUGGCUUAGGGUUGUUUGUGUUCAAUAAAGUGCUAUUGCUAAAUAUU